UGAAUACUCACGGUUGCUAUAGUAAACAAACCAAAUGUGAUUUCAAAUUUUAAAAUUGUGUUCAUGACUGAAGUAGAAAGAAUCUUACUAAAAUACCAUUAAAACUUUUUUUUAAAAAAAUAAAGCAUGUCAUCUGCAAGUUCAAAUGAAGAAGAAAUAGUCAAUGUUUCAGAAAUGACAGGUUACCCAUCAAUUCCUGAGUCUGGAGAUUUUAAAGAACAUUCUCCAAUGGAAACCACCAAAGUUACAAUGCAUGAAAAUCGUGAUGAGAAAUCCCAUAGAGUAUUAGACUCUAGUCAUCCUUUGAUGCUUAAGUACCAAAAGGAUCUGAACGAAAGACUGUUGAACUUACUCCAUGAAACUGAGGAACACAUUGUAGAUCUGAAAAGAGCUGUUACAGGUCAAGAAAAUGAAAAUAAGCAUUUUGCUGAAAGGGGGUAUGAGCUUCAAAAAGAACUUAAAUCACAAGAAGAUAAAUUAAAAAGCAUUCAUGAAAAAUAUGAAAUUCAAAUAAAACUCAAAGAAAAAGUGGAGGAAACUCGUGAGACAAUUAAAAAAAAUUUUGAAGAUACUGAGAAAGCUUGGCAAGAUGAGUUGAAAAGAGAUAUAGAACUUCAAACCAAACUUGAAGAUGUUGCUUUUGAAGUGAUACAAGUUACUUCUUUGCAAAUGGAACAGUAUAGGGAGGCCAAAACUGCAAAACGUGCUGUGGAAAAAACAAGCAAGGACAGAGAAAAUUUAGAAAUAGAAAAAUUAAGACAAGAUCUUCUUAUUUCCCGUCUUGAAAAUGACAAAUUUAACCUAGAGGAUAAAAUUAAUAGAUACAAAACACAAUGGAGUAUUAAAAAGGAAGAAGCUACAGACCUGAGAAAAGAACUGAUUGCUGCAAAUUCUGAAAUGGAGGUCAUACAUUUGGAAAGGCAGCAGAUUGUGCAUCAGUGGAGGCAAAGUUUAGCUUCAUUGGAAAAGCAAGAUCGUGUCUUAGCGGAAAUAAGAGACUCUGUGAGGAAAUUUGAAGACGAUGCAAGCACACUUAAUAUGGAUAUAUCCGCAUGCAAAAAAUCUGUUAGAAAAGAACUGGAGAGAAACGAACACCUUGUUUUUCAGCUACAAUUUAGAGAAUCUGAUAUUUCUCGAUCUCAGAAGGAACUUGGAGAGGUCUUAGAAAAGCAUAAUGAUCUAGAAGAGAAUAUUUCUGUAAUGGAUAGGACAGUUGAAAUGACUGAACAGGAGUUGAAAGUUUUAAAUGAUAAUAAAAUGUUACUUGAGAAAGAAAAUGACAUAAAAGACAGAGAGCUCCAGAAGGCUUAUGGUUACCAAAAAAGUCUUGAAAAGAAACAUAUGGAUAUGCUGCAUGAUAAAAUGACCAUCACAAAAGCAUCAAAAUAUACCGAAAAACUAAUUAAAGAUAUAAGAAACUCUAUACGCUCAAAUGAAGACAAAGGUUCCAAAAAAGAAAAUGAAAAAGAGAAACUUCUUUUGAAGCUGGACAAUUUACGCACCUACUUGAGUAACAUGGAAAGUAAUCUCAAUGAUCUUCAGAAAGAAAGAAGAGAGCGAGCAAUUUUAAAAGACAAAAGUGAAAUGAAUGUUCUUAAGACUAGGGAAAAGUUAGAUGUGAAACGUGGGGAAGUUCGAGAACUGGAAAAUCAGCUGAAGGAAAUGAUUAAUCAAGCAGGGGGUCAAGAACUUGCUCCUUUUGAACGAGAAUUAGCUAGCUUAAGAAGGGAAAUAACAACUGCUGAACAAGGCAAAAGAAAUAUGGAACAAGAAUAUCUAAGAUGCCAACAGGAAUUAUUUUCCUUGAGCAAGCAGAGUGCUGUGAAAUCGGAUGAAAAUGAAUUUUACCAGAAAAAGAUUGCUGUUGUAGAAGCAAAGAAACUGCAAUUAGAAGCUGACAUAUCUAAAGAAGAAAAGGAUAUGAAAGAAAUCCAAAAUAGAAUACAGCGCACCAAAGACGAAAUCGCUCAUGUAAAUAAAAUUCUGCGUGAAAGAAAUGAAGUUCAGGAUAACGUUCUUCAAAUGAUUGCUUUGUCUAAGAGUGACUAUAUUAAAACUCUCAAGGAAGCAGAAAUGAACUAUUUGCAGAAGCAAAAUGAAUUGAAAUUAUUGAGACGGAAGAAAAAGAAGCAUUUCAGAAAGCUUAUUGAAGCCCAGAGACAUAUUGUGUAUUGGGAAGGAAAGGUUCGUUUAGCGGAAGAUACUCGCAAAAUUCUUAAAUCUGCAAGCCAUCGCUUUGAGUUUUCGAGCAUCAAUAGUGAAAUUCGAUGUCUACGGAUGAAGCUGGAACAUGUAAAAAAAGAGCAAGAAGAUUUAGUCCAGGAGAUGAAAAGAGCUGUUUACACUCAUACUAGUCUGUAUAUUGAAGCUGAUAAGCAGUCUUUGUUCGGUAAAAGAAGGAAAACACCCGAAUUCAUCCAUAAGAAAAUAAAGCACGCUCAAAGGAAAAUCCAAGAAGAUAAAAAAGAUCUGGAGAAACUUAAUCAAAGAAUAAGUUCUCUCAGAUCAUCUGAAGCGGAACUGAGCGAGGCUUAUGAAAGCGAACACGAGUUUGCGUCUGGAAUGAUUAGCAAAAUAAAAGCAAUGGAAUAUGAUAUCGAAAAUAAAGAACAGGAAAAGAGACAAGCUGUGAUAGAGUUGUCGUUUAAACAGAAAAGAACUAAAUUGAUGCAAAAAGUUUUAGACGGGACAUAUAUAAGAGCGAUCAGAAACGAAGAAUGCAGAGAAGAUGAAAUUCAGAAACUGCAAGCUCAUUUGCGUUCUGUGGAGGUUAUAGUGCAAACUGCAAUGAACGAAUAUCCGCAUUUGGAGAAAACAUGGAACAAAAUUAUUGAUUACAUUACAGUUUCAAAAGAAAUAUAGAGCAGGAAAACGAACGCUUAUGUGAUGCUGAAAUUUCAAUUUUAUUUUUACAAUGAUAUUUUGCUCCUGUAUAUUUUAUCUCUUUCCUAUGUGCAAUAAAAACACAAAAAGCA